GCUGUUUGAUGCUGUUUCUGCCUCCACGAUGGCAAAAAUCAUUUUGAGGCACCACAUCGAGACUCCAGUGCGUUACCAGGAGCAAUUUGAAGCUCGAGGUUUGGAAGCCUGCAGGCUGGAUCAUGCUUUAUAUGCGCUGCCGGGGCCAGCCACCGUGGACCUGGGGAAAGCCAGGGGGGCCCAGGUUUCUCCAGUGGACUCAGCCUCAGAGUUGCCUCCCCCAGAAGGCAGAUCCCGCUUCCAGAUUCUUCUGGACGUGGUUCAGUUCCUCCCUGAAGAUAUCAUCAUUCAGACCUUUGAGGGCUGGCUGCUGAUUAAGGCUCAACACGGAACCAGAAUGGACGAACAUGGUUUUAUCUCAAGAAGUUUUACCCGACAGUAUAAACUGCCAGAUGGCAUUGAAACCAAAGAUCUGUCUGCCAUCUUCUGCCAUGAUGGAAUUCUGGUAGUGGAAGUAAAGGAUCCAGUUGGGACCAAAUAAAAAAACCUUAUUGGUUCCUGUUCAUAUGACAGGAGAAGAUUAUAGUU